AUGGCGUCAAUGGAGAUCAUGACGAUACCGUCGGAGGCAACAGGCGUAAAGAAACUGGUGUGUCGUGUGUGUCAAAAAGGAUUUACCAAGGCCGAACAUCUUAGAGCCGAGGAUGCUUUUGCUUAUAUUACCGAUUCCGAAAGAAUCCGUCGGCUGACCGGAAGUGGCUAUACAGAUACCGGAUCUAAGCCUUAUGUCUGUAAGGAGUGUCGUCGGCCAUUCGCCCGGCAGGAUGCCCUUACUCGGCAUAAGAAGUUGCAUCAGCGUGAUAUGAACGCCAAAGAUGGCCCACAUUCGGGGUCAGUUCCCCCUUCGGUUUCAAUAGAUUCGAUGGCUUCGUGGGAAUCAAGCAGUACAUCCAAUGCGGGCCCAGCCUCGACUUCUGCGACUAGUAGAUCUUGGGAUGAGCCGCAAUCUGCCCAUCAUGCGAGCAUGCACAAUCAUGUCACAUCCGAUAUGGAUUUCGCUUUGGUCUGGCCGGACUCCGAGAAUCUCUUCCAGAGUCUCAUGUCCUCGGACACUACCGAUCAAUGGCAGAUGCCAUUGGGGACUUUGCCGUUCCCGCCCGUCGUACAGGACAUUAAUGGCAUGAACUUUGGAUCGCCGAACUCCUUUGACGAUCGAAGUUCAUCGGUGGGUGCUAUUCCCUCUGGUGGUGGACACCAGGCCGUGCGGGAUGUGACAGACAUGAUUAAUAGCUCGUCUUCGAGUGUUACAGCUGCCGUCAAAGCCACGUCGAUCACAUCCGUCUUUCUAGAUGAGUGUCUCCACAUGUUCUUUGUCCGGUUUAUUCCAACUUUUCCUGUACUCCAUCGAGCAACCUUUGUCUUUCGAGAAUGCACCCACGCCCUACUCCUCAAUGCCAUCGCCAUUGGCUCCUUGUAUCUUGGCCCAAGUGAUGCCGUCUCGAAAGGAGAGGCAUUGUGGCGGCUCGCACACACCGCUGUUGCCACCUCAUGGCAAUCCUUCAUCACACAUAAUGGCCCUUACGAUGCCUGCAAGGGUGUGCAGUUGAUGAUCACUGCACUCCUCGGUCAAAUAUACGGAGCACUUUCUAGGAAUCGAGCAAUUAGGACCACAAGCCAAGUGUUCCGUCCAUUGGGAUUCUUUUGGGCUCGGCACUGUGGAAUGUACGACAGCGAACCUUACUCUAUGGACAACCUGCCUUCAAACGAUGCUCCUCUCGCCGAAAAAGAGCACCAGUGGCGCAUAUGGGCUGCCCGGGAAAUACAGCAGCGUGCUCUGCUUGCAUACUACGUUCUUGAUGGCCUUGUAGCUCAGGUAUCUGGAGAUGGGGCGUCGGCUCGGCAUGUCUCGAACUCGUUGGUCCUUCCAAGCAGUGAACCUGCUUUUGAUGCCAGCAGUCCUGAUGAGUGGCUGGCACACAUGCAUUCACAAAAACCCGAUCAGUCUUCCUUCCGACUUGUUUUCCGGUCAUUGUUUCCACCCGUUGGUAACUUUAGAGCACUGGACUACCAAUUCUCUUCCUUCGCUCUCCGUGUAGUUUUAGAGGGUCUCCAGUCCUUGAUCUCCGACAGUGAUGAUCAUGACUUGGCCGUGGGCGUUCCUGGCCAGUCCGAUGUACGCAGAGCCUUGGCCCAAGUUCACGAGACUAUCUCUAUGAGUAUCCAUUUUUCUGCAGCUGAGAGACUAGAGCUUCUUUUGCGCUGGCAUACUGUCUGCCUGGAUACUAUGAUUAAUUCGACGGUUCUAUCCCGUCACAUAUGCUCCCGUUACGACAUCCCGCAGCAUGUAUCCGGAGGUUGUCGCACAACCCGAGCCGGCUUCGAUCUCAUCAAAUGGGCCAACAGUGAAGACGCCAAGCGAGCGGUCCUUCAUGCCGUCGCUAUCCAAGAUAUAAUUGAACAGCUGCCUCGUGGCCGGGCACACGUCGUGCACAUGCCAAGCUCACUGUUUGCCGCAGCUACCAUCUAUGUUGUUUUCACUCUUGCCGGUGUAGCCACCGUGAACCUACCCCGAACUAUCGUCUGGCAGGACGCUCUACUGUCCCAUUCCGAUCUUCAUCUCGGCCACGAUGAUAUCCGUCCUCGGUCUGGCUCUGAAACGCGCCGUUUCGUUGCGGCAGACCAAGGAAUUUCUCCCAUUUUUGCCGGCGGGGCUGUUCGUAAUCUUUUGUACGAGCUCAACUCCAUCCAAAAACUUUUCCGCUGUCUCUCAUCGCAGUGGGGAAUUGCUCAUGAUAUGGAAGACAUUGUUGCCCAAUGGAUACAACUAUGUCAUUAG